AUGAAGGAUAUCGUUUUAGAAAUCUUUGCUCAGCAGCCUCUCGAAAUCUAUACGCAAAUAUGCUUUUGUUAUGCGUUUGGAGAUAAUUCACGAGACCUGGUAGUGGAGAUCCUCCAGAAUGGCUUGCAAUCAUUAACUACUUCAUUUCCUUGGGUAUCUGGUCAGGUAAUUAGGGACACCGAAUCUGGCCUAUACAAGAUCACUUCUUUAGGAGAUACUCCGCGUCUUAUUGUGAAAGAUCUCACAGAAUCGUUGUCAAUGGAUAAACUCCGCAACGCUGGAUUUCCAUGUUCCAUGUUGGACGAACAGACAAUUGCUCCUAGAAGUACACUUCCCGGUGUUUUUAGUGACUCCGAAGAAUCACCAUGCUUCCUUAUACAAGCUUCAUUCAUCAAGAAGGGUCUUAUCUUGACGUUUUUGGCUCAUCACCAGGUAUUCGACGGAACUGGAGAGGGUCAAAUUAUUUCACUCUUAUCCAAAGCCUGUAAAGGAGAACCUUUUACGGCGGAAGAGCUUGCUACUGGAAACAUGAACAGAGAGAAUAUUGUUAAGCUUUUUACUGAGGAAGAAAAGAAAGAAUAUGGAGAGUUGAAGAUUGGACUCGAAAAACAGAUUAUUCCUGAGAAUCCGUUGACUUUUGAGCCCUCGGAGAGUUUCUGGGCCACUUUCACGUUUUCUGCUGACUCACUCAAGGAAUUGAAAGCUUUGGCCAGUAAAAACUUAAGGUCCGUUCCAUUUGUCUCUACAGAUGAUACACUAACUGCGUUUAUCUGGCAGGCACUUUCCAGGGCCAGAUCUUCUCGGUUGCCGGAGAACUCUAAAACCAGUAUCGCUCGAGCAAUUAAUGUUAGACCGUACCUAGGAAUUCCCAGUACUUACCCUGGAGUGAUCAACAAUAUGACAUACAACGACUAUGAAUUAAGGGAUAUUGUUCAGCUUCCAUUGGGAGAAGUGGCAUCGAGUUUGAGAAGCAAAAUUGACAAGAGAACUUCCCAGCUAGCAAAGGACUCGCGUGCUCUAGCUACUCUCAUAGACGCUACUAAAGAUUCGCCCAUCACAUCAGCCACAGCAUCCAUAUACGUUCCUUCUGAUAUUGCCCUCAGUUCGUGGGCUCAGCAGAAUAGUUAUAGUCUAGAUUUCGGACUCAGUCUUGGGAAACCCGAAUCAGUGAGACGCCCACAAUUUACUCCCGUGGAAAGCCUAGCGUACAUUCUUCCUAAGAGCCUAGAAGGAGACAUUUCCGUUGCGAUCUGUCUUCGUGAAGAAGAUAUGGAGAAGUUGAGAAGCGAAAUAGGGAACUAUGCCCAGUAUGUGAGAUAG